AUGCCGGUGUCCGCGUGUAUGGACCAUUUCACCAAGCGGCGCGUGGCGCUGUGGGAUUUUAACCUUCCCUACGAUCAAAUCGCGGAGUCCGAGUGGAUUGCGUGGUUUAACGUGGCGUUCGAGGAAGAGCCUCGUGAUCUGGACUUGCUUAAGAAACGCCUCGAAACGACGAUCCGUUUCGACGUAAAGAUCCUCGACGUCGAGUCUCGUGUUAGCAAGAUGCUGGACGAACUCAUGAGGGCCCUGGAGCGCGACAACCAGGAGUGGGUCCUCUACGAGGAAGGCAAGGUUGUCGUGGACCUUAUGGUCAAGGCCGUGCGGCCUUCGAUGCUACAGUGGAUCCUCUACGAGGAAGGCAAGGUUGUCGUGGACCUCAUGGUCAAGGCGGUGUGGCCUUCGAUGCUACAGUCGGCCGUAAAGAAGCAAAUGCAACUGCAGCGCAACAAGCCGUUGCCCGGCUACCAAAUGUACGGCGGGGUCGAGAACGAGAAGAAUUCCUCCAAGCCGGCAAAAGCCCCUGACAGCCGUGGCCAUGCGCCGAAGAGGCCUGACGAGAAGAGGCUAGACGGGGGAGCAGGCCAGGUGAAGCCUAGGCCCUCGGACGGGGUGGCCAGGCCGGACGCACCGCUCGCCCCUGCAAGGAAGCCGGCGGCAUGCCUGAAGUGUAAGUCUACGGACCAUAAGGUCACUGACUGCCCAAAGACUACCUCUGGUGAGGCGCAAGCCCUCCUAGCUGCGCAAAUGCAAAAGUGGAAGGAUGCCCGUGAGAUCGAAGGAGGUACCACCGUGGCGGACGUCGUGGUGGUGGACAACCUACUACUUGAUACGGAUGCCAACGUCAACGUGGCAUCUGUGGGGCUGGUGGCGGCUCUGGAGAAGGCUGGUGUGGCAACCCAGUCGGCCGUCCACCAAAUGUUCGGCGAGCUCCUAUUUCGCGGCUUACUUGCCUGGCUGGACGAUCUGCUGGGCGCGGCGACCACGCCGAUGGGACUGUUUGACCUGUUGGAGCAGGUCCUGGAGAUUUGCGAGUCCUUCAGGUUGAAGCUGCAUCCGAAGAAAUGUUCGUUCUUCCUCCGCGAGGCUGAAUGGUGUGGCAAAAUUAUCUCGUCUGCCGGCGUGACCCACGCCCCUGCUCCAGUUCGAGGGUUGUGCAAAUUGGCGCUGCCAACUACCGCCGUAGAUCUCCAGCAGUUCAUCUGCGCCACCAAUUGGAUGCGGUCGAGCAUCCCCGAGUACAGCCAGCUCGUUGAUCCCUUGUGUCGACUCCUGGACGUGGGCACGAAACUGUCACGGAGCGCUAAGAAAUCGGUCUUGGCCAAGAUACCGGUCAGCGCCAUGGGGUGGGCUGUCGAGCAUACGAUGUGCUUUGAGGAUGUGAAAAAGGCCAUGACCAGCAUCGUACCGUUUAGUCAACCCCGAGAAGACAUGGCCGUAAAUCUUUUAACGGACACGAGCGACGGGUUCUGGGGCGCGAUUGCGACCCAUGUCCCACCCGAGAACCUAGAGCUGCCCCUGUCUGAGCAACGCCACGAGCCACUAGCAUUUCUAAGCGGCUCGUUUGAUUCGGCCAGUUCGCGCUGGCCUAUUGUGGAGAAGGAGGCGUUCGCCGUGGUCGAGGCGUGCAAUCGCCUCGACUACCUGUUGAUUCGACCAGGUGGAUUCCGUCUGUUCACGGACCACCGCAACUUGGUUUACAUCUUCAACCCGCGUGGCCAAAGUCCCAACGUGGCCAGGUAUCAAGCUGACAAGCUGCAGCGCUGGGCGCUGGUGAUGUCUACCUUCCCGUACACCAUUGAGUUGGUGUCGGGUGACGACAACUUGUGGGAAUCACCCCUGCGUCACAAGGAUUUCGAGUGGCCGACAGCUCACUCGGUCCUCAAGUCCCAGAAGAAUGGCCUCCAGGACGACGGUCAACCUCCCCCUGGAAUUUGGGUCCCGGACGACGACCUGGACUUCCAACAGCGGCUCUGCGUGAUCGCCCACCAAGGUGCUGCUGGCCACCGUCGCGUGGCGGCGACGACACAGGCAGUCGCGACGAGGUUCGAGUGGACCAAUCUCAAGGCCGACGUGACCGGCUUCGUCACGGGGUGCCUACAUUGCAUGUGUGUGGACAGUGACAUGCGUCCCAACGAGCUCAUCCAUUUUGACUGGCUGACUAUGCCCAAGUCAGACGAAGGUUUGAAGCACGUCCUCGUAGUCAAGGACGGCAUGAGUGGCUUCGUUCGGUUGUUCCCGUCCCGGACUGCAGACUCGACUGCGACGGCCGCCGCCCUCAUGGACUGGUUCACUACGUUCGGGAUAGUCGCGACAUGGGUCUCCGACGGCGGGUCCCAUUUCAAGAACGAGGUGGUUGAAAGCUUCGGCGACGGCGUUUGGUGGAUUGACGCGUCCACGCCCCUCUACGGGAUCGUGCAUCCAACGACCAAGGAGGUGCUUGAUGUGGAUUGGCUCGACGAUGCACGCGCCAAACAUGUAGCAAGCCUGCUAGACUCGCUGGACAAGAUGCACCGUCAAGCAUCAGCCCGUAGCGAGAAGCUCAAGCCAGGGCUAGGCAUGCAAAGAAACAAGGAGUCAAGUGGACCACCUUCGACGUGGGUGACUUCGUGCUCGUGGGUUCGAAUUACGCGAGUAAUCACCGAUUUUGUAAUGGCGACCGAACAGUUGGCACCCCCUUUUAACGAAUCUGUGCACCAUGCCUGCCGUCUCAAGAUGUACUGCGAGGCGGCGAAUGGCACGGCCGAAGACCUGCUGGAGCAAGCAGCCUACGGUGAAGGUGGUUUCCAUGUGGAAGACCUCCUGGCUGCCCGUGCUGUCAACGGCCAGCAUCAAAUCCUGGUCAAGUGGCUCGGCCUCAAAAACAAAGAGGCGUCAUGGGAACCAGCCCUCAACCUGUACGAAGACGUUCCCGUACUGUUGCGCAAGUGGGUGUUGUCCCACGAGCAUGACGACGGCGUGGAAGCGAUGCGGCAGGCGUUGGAACUCACCCUUGGUCACCCGUUGUAG